UUUGGACACUUAAGAGGCCACUCAACUCGUCGACAGGGUCAUCGCUUCCUUCUUUGGAUAUUCAACCCUCAGUAUUCUGUUCUGUUUAUGGACUGUUCACGCUCUGCACAUGGAAACACCUUCGGGCUGGACACCACUUGUCCUGCGCUUCAAUGACAGCGCGCUGCCUACUUUACCAUGGCUAGCGGAGACCGCAAAAUACAGUCUCCAUCCAUGCGGAGGGGAGACUCUCAAACACCUUGCAUGGAACGGGGAUUCAGUCUUGAAAGGUGCAGCAACACGAGCCUUGGUGAGAUAUCCGAUCAACCGGAACCGCUCUGGCGUAGACAAAAACUGGAUAAGUAUGUUUCGAGGCAGGGUCCUGUCGAACAACGUUUUCUCAUAUCUCGCCCUAUCCUACGACUUGGUGAACGAAGAAACGGCAGCGACGAUAGCUCAGAAACGUGCAGCCGAUCUCUUCGGGGCCUAUGUUGGAGCUAGCGAUCUGAAGCGGGAAUCUCACCAAUCUCAUGGGAUGACAGAGUUUCUCCGCGAGCUCUUUAGCGAGGCCGUUUGGCCGGAUCUGCAGCUACGAUUCCCGGAGCAGGACGAUGGCUCCCAGUGCUCGCCGGCCACUUCAGACGGAGAGAUAGAGGAGCCAAAGAGGAAAGGCGUCAAAUCCAGAGAGAAAUGGAAGCGACUCCGCAAGCUUGUGGCUGAGCGAUUCCCUGGUAGGGGUCCCCUCGGACAGAGCAGGCACGCCCUGAGGAGAGCAGGGCGAAGAUUACGCGAGGCAGGCUACUGGAAGCAUUAAGUUGGGGAGAAAGCUCCCGCUGGAGCACAGCUUGACGAAUCAUGCAUUCCAACU